AUCGCUCUUACCACCAGCCAGAGGGAAACUGUAAGCCACAGAGGCCGGGGUUAGAGGAGUCAAAGAGAUUGCGAAUCCUCGGAGGUGUGUGUCUGCAUUGCCGCUGGCUGGGUUUGCGGCGGUGGGGGAUUGAGCCAGUCUCUGACAAGGCAGCGAAUCCAGAGCUGCCGUGCUGGGGAAUGCUCUGAAAAGCUCUCAGGCAGGCGCUGCAGUCAGGCUUGUUGAAUUGCUGCAGCUCAUCUCUGCGCCAGGCGGUGUUUCUCCUACGGCUGGUUGUGGUGUUAAACACUACGGCAAUAAAGAGGCUUUGUUGUGGUCUCUGCAACGUUGCUUUUGCCUUGGCUAGCAGUAGUCUUUUUGUUGGAAUAAAUACUUUCUCUGAAAUAGGCUAUGGGGGCAUGUGUGGGCACAUGUGUGUGCUGCUGCUUGUGGGUAUACAUUGGACACAGCUGUGAACAGGCAAUUCUGGUAGGUUCAGCGCUUGCCCAAACUUGUUGCUCAUGAGAGCCAGAAUGAUGUGUUCUUCCUCACUGUUGGGAAUGCUGGCCGCUGUCAUGAGCUUUUGAAAGUGCUUGGGUGAAUUAAUAGAUGCUUUUCAGCCACAUGCAGAAAUUGUUGCUUGCAUCUGGCCCAAUGCUGUACUUAGUCUCGGGAAAUGGUGAACUUUUGGUGCAUUAAAGGAGGGACCAAACUUACAGAUCCUGACCAAUCUGGAUUGGGACAAACAGUUCCCUUCUCAUGCAGUAGGGACCAGCUCACAUGCAGCAGUGUACUGUGUAAUGUAUGGGUGCAAAUCCUACAAUGACCCAUUCCUUAGAAGCUUUAUAAUUUUUUUCCUUUGGUACAGUUAUCCUGGCUUGUUCCAUCUAAGUUUCAGGAGCAUCAGUCCUGCUCCAGGUUGGUUACAGAAACACACAAUACCCCCACUUUCCCUCAUCUUCCUCCCAUUUAUGUCUCCAGUCCAGAAUCCCCAAAACCAAUGGAAUUGUAAUUUAAUAUUCAAAGAUUCAGGCUCCCUUUAGGCUCUUGGGAACAGAAUGCUACCCUGUUAGUAGUUGCUGAGUAGUAAUUUCAAAGCCAUUUCUUUUCAGCAGGCACUACCAUAGCAAAUUCCAGCAGAGAAUGUGUUUCUUGCCUGCCAUGCCAGUAAUCCUAGAGCGAAGUCUUACAUGUGACCUCUUCUGAAAUGCCAAAACUAUAUAUUUCUUAAAAUUCCAGACAGCAGUAUUUCUAGGACUUGGCAUUUAGAGUGGUAACAGGGUUGUUUAUAGGAAGAGAAGGGAAAGGACAGAAGGAGGAUGUUGACCUAGCAGCCCUACAAACCUACCGCACUUAAUCCACUUAUCACUCUGAAUUCCUGAAGCAGAUAAAUGCUGAUAACAGUUAAAACACAUCACUGACAGGAGCAGCACGUUCUGUCCUCUAGAAAUACAUCAUUGCUGGAAAUUGCAAAGCUGUGCUACCAUGGGGAUGAGUGUGAUAUAAGAGCUCAGGAGGCCCUCACUGUUCAGCAGAAUUCUUCCUUAGGAAGGUAGCUAUUCCCUCCCUCCCCCAGAUAUCUUGAAGAUGCAGUUCAGGCCUGAGAAGUGCUGCUGAGCAUGGUUGUGACCCCACAUCCCCCCAGAGCCACAGCUGCCUGAUCUGUGCCUACAUAUCUGAAAUACCAAGUAGGCCCCCAGUGUCUUGUUACCGCUCUUGAUUGUCCUUGCUGCUCAGCGUUAAGACCUGUGAGGAGCAAUUUGCAGCUGAGACCAGCCCUGUGCAGCUCAUAUCAGUGUGUCUUGGGGAGAGGAGUUCCUUUUGGCUAAUCUGAGCUAAACCUUCCCUGGAGGAGUGCAGCUGCUGCACCAGCCUUGCAAAGCCACACAGAGCCACUUGCUCCUCUCCCCAUCUGUCAGGGCUCUCCUCGAGGUACUGGAGCUGUCCCUGGGCUCAGGGGAAUAGAGCAGUCACAGCUGUGCACAGCCCCCCUGUGUCAAGACCCCUUCCUCCUAAGAACCUGUCCCAGGUUGAACAAGGGGAAAAAUGCUAUGAACUGAAGGUUGUUUUGGAGCAAGUCUUGCUCAUACAAACUCAACAGACAGGGUGAUUUUGAAUGUGCACAAUCUACAGGCUUAUCCAGAUCUUAGAAGAGACAGCACAGCCAUCCCUCACCCUCACCAGUUUCCACAGUGCAGCACCCAGUGUGAGUGGGAACCCUUGAAGUUACAGCAAAGUGGUUUCUUGUGGUCAGUGCAAAUGUCUCUCAAGUCUAAAAGUACUUCUCUAGAGAAAAGCAAAGACCUCUCAGACAUCAGGGUUUUUUGAGUCAGACACUGCUCAGCUGUUGCAUUGCAGAUGUCUUAGCUAAAAACAAGCUUUCAUUGAAAUCAAAGACUCUUCAUGAGUGUAGGCGGCAGGAUCCUCCCACAAAGAGAGGGUUUUCUUCUUCAAAGGGCUCUCCUUACAUUUCCCUACAAUAGAUUUUUUUUAAGGUUCGCCUGCAGUGCGAAGCCGAUUCAGGGCCAGCAUCGUGUGAAUCUGAAACAUCACAGCUGUUACAGAUGAAUGCACUGUCUGGUUCUCGCUUCUGCAAUACAAGCGCCUUUCUCUGAAGUAACCUAACCUCUGGAGGGAAGUGUUGGGCAGCAGGGAGGACAGCAGGGCUGUUUCUCUGUGCUGACUGCUUGUGCAGGUAUUUGUUUUCCAUUUCGAAGGCUAAACAGGUGAUCUCAUGCUGAAGUGGUCGUGUAAAGAAUUAGUUUGAUAGUGCUCCUCUGCUGUGAACCCACGCACUGUUGGCACUGCACGAUAGCCACUUGAGUAAGAGAAUUUGAAGUGCCCUUAUUCCAAAAUCUGGAUAGUCAAUGGAGUGAGGUAGUCAGGGAUAGCUGUUCCAAAACAACUGUAUAAACAAAUUCCUACAAAAUUAUUGUAAAAACCCUGAUGUGCCACUUUUAAGCUUGUCCAUUGCUCUAGAAUCAGUUGACUUGUUCAAUGAAUCUGACUACAUUUACCUCAGAUGACCUCAAGCUGCAUCAAUCAAAGCACGUUUUUCUCUGUAUUCCAACCUGGGGCUUUGGUCACUACAGAAGGUGACAAAGUUUACUUUAAAUGUGUGUGAUGUUUUAUGGUCAUUGGAAGACAAAGCUCUGUGCGUUAAAGAGCUUACAGUCUAAUCUUUUGACACCUGCUGAUAGAUAUAACACCGUGACAAUAGUACAGAGAAAUGAACCACAGUGCAGGGAGGAGUCUGACAGAAAAGCAGAAGAGGUUGCAUCUGCCAGGAACAGCUUGCCAAAGGCAGUGUGUGUCUGUCCCGCGUGUCCCUGCACAAACGGGAGGGGAUCAAACGCCCUUUCAGAUGCAGGAAGACCUCAUGAAAUACAAUUUCUUUUUGCCUUCUGGAUCUUCAUAUCUGGUUGCUUUCUUACAGCCUUUUGACCUUACCAUGGGCUCUAAUCUAAAAGUCAUCUUCCUGUUUCUUCGGUUGCUUCACUAUGGAGGAGGAGAUGUCAGUGUACAGCAGAAACCUCUAAUCCAGGUUGCACUGCUUAAGGAAAAAGUAUCCAUCCCCUGUGAAGUCAUCUUCCCGUACAAUCUGAAAUACACCACAUUUACAAUCUUCUAUUACUGGAUUAAUGCAUGGGACCAGGAAGUAUCCAUCUAUAAUAAGAAAGAACAAGUAGAUAUCCCUCCUGGAAAAGAAAAUAAGACUGCCAUCAAAUCUUACAAUUACAAAACAAUGCCGCUUGAAAGCACCUCUUCUACUGGCACAUACUACUGCAAAGUUCAAUGGAAUGACAUCCAGAUAAAGGGAAAGGGAGUGUUUGUCCUUGUUAGAGGUACAGGGUAUGCACAGACCUCUUAUGGGCGAGAAAUCCUCAUUACCUUUACCACUCUUCUGGCUGCACUGAGCAUCACCGCAACAGCUCUGCUAGUGUGGAAAAGAAAGAUAUUGUGUCCUAAAAAGAACCAGCUAAAUAUCAGGAGACAGAAGACAGAAACUCAGCCUCCUUCAGCAAGCCCACCAACACCUUCUCCUGUUUAUGACUGCCUGGAUUCGCAGCAAGUUGAGGUCUACUCUGUCCUCGAGAACAACACGAAGAUCCCAGAACACAGAACGAGUCUUCCAGGCAAGACACCUAAGGAGGAAGAAACUCUAGAAGAAUACGGUGAUACACUGUAUGAGAAUAUCUAAGGGAAAACCUGACCCUGUGUGAAUCAGACAUCUUCCUGCACGACAAAGCUACUUUCUACACCCUCAGUUCUCUGUGAAGACCCACAGUGACUUCAGGGCACAGCCAUGGGGAACUCAUGAACCUUGGGCUCCCUCUAGACUGCCCUUCAUUAGCAGCAGAAUACAUCUGUUCAGAUCCCAUGGGAGCUCAGUCUGUAUUUAUGCAGCAAAGCUAUUUUGCAGCAAAGCUGUUUGAUGCAAAAGAAAAGCUGUUUUUUGUCAAGCAGUCACACAUAUCUUAAAAAUGGUGCAGAUGGGAUCUGUGGAGGUUUCUCUCACCUGGCUUGGCUGAAAUACUUGAAUCUUGAUCCUCGGAAGUGGUAUCACAGUCCAGAGACCUCGCUGCUUGCUGACCUGAUCUUUGAAUCCUGACCUGCAGCAGUCCAUCUGAUCCUGUGCCUAUGGCUUUCCUGACACAGCCAUCAGGCCUUCAUGCAUAGUUUAACGAAGAUCCAAGCAUCCACCUGCCCAUUUUUCCUUUCUCAGGAACCCCACAGUGAAACAUGCUUUCUCAUAAUCUGCUAAUCCCAUCAAGUAGUCACAGAUGCCUGCUGUGACCAUACUCAACUGACUCAAAUCAGUGCCUUGGAAGAAAUGCUUUCCCUUCAGCAAUAUCAGCAGUAUCGGUCGAGGGAUGGAAUGCAUGAACAGAAAUAAAAAUGGAGUUGAGGAAGACAGAGAAAAUAUCCAUGCCUGCCAAGAUGUCCUGGUGGCAGUGACUCUUCCAGAACAAGGAAAAGGAAAAGCUGGAAACCUGAGGAAACUCCCUUGCUGGGCGGCGUAAUCCAAACAGUUCUGAAUGUAUCCCAGCCUGAGAAGUUCAAGCUGAUCUCCCCAGUUUGCUAUUCUUUUUGGCAAUGGGCAUUCUUACUGUUUGGGAUUUUGAAUUUCUGCAGGAGGAGAUUUGGUAUUUCUGCCUCACCAAAAUCCGUAGGUUUGCCUUUGUUUCAGCUGGCCAUUAUUUCCCAACAAAGACACAAGUUUUGUUUUGCUUAAUUUUCCUUCAUAGAUUAUUUGGGCAUAUGGACAAGUUCUCAAACUUAGAAUGACCAGAGGAGAGAGACCCUCAAGGUGAAUUUUCUGUCCAAGCUCUUCUCUCUCCUGUCAGCUGGAACUUGCCUACCUUUUGUGCUGAUGCAUAUUCUAGUUCUGGUAGAGAAAAGGUUACAUUUAAUAUCCAUAUAACACGAUCAAGCCAGUGGAUCAAAAAGCUGAGACCAUUUUAUCUCAGAUUAAAAAACAACAACAAAAUAACAACCAAACAAAACCAACCCAAAAUAAGAAUAUGUAGCAUAACUUGAGAGGAAUCAUAGAAACCUCUUUAAAGAAGAAGAUCAAAUUAAAACGGAGCUCCAGGGUCAUAGGACCCUCUCUAGUUGAAGAUAAUGUUGCUAUGCAUCAGAGAUAGAGGCUAUGGAAAAUGUCUCCAGGGCCUCCAACCUUCCUAUACUAUGUUUAAAGAGAUAAUCCGCUUAUUGCUUUGCUCUUUUUAUUAGAAGAGAUUUCAGACAUGCAAUUUGGACUUUCUUUAACCACAGGAAAACGCUUUUUCUCUUUCCACUGUUGAGGAAUUCAUUUCAGAAAGAGCAAUAAAUAGACAGUGUAUCUCACUAGACUUGUCUUCCGGUUGUUAAGAGAUCAUAAUAAUUAGAAAUAAAAUUUUUUGAACUCAGCAAUUUUAGCAUUUACUAAUGUGACCAGAAAUAGCAAUUGGAAUAAAAACAUUUCUCAGAAGAAAAACAACAAAAACAAACAAACAACAGCAACAAAACAAAAACAGAAACAGGGGAUUGUGCAGGUGUAACAUUUCCUUUCCUUAACAAAUUUGAAGAAAUGAUGAGAUGAAAUAUAAAUACGUUGUAGUGUGGCAAUAAAAUAUUCUGAAGAAGCUGGUGGUUGAGAUGAAAAGUGUAAGCUUUCAAAAUAAGGCUGCUUGUUGUUUGUGUGUGUGUUUUUUGCUUUUUAAAUUUUAUACAUGCUAAAAAUAAUAGUGCUGCAAAUUUCCUGGCAAAGAUCUCACUUUGCAGUGAAGUGUUUUGCUUUGCCUUUCUAUUAAAUAGUGUUCCUUA